AUGACGGAACCCGGCGCUUCUCUGGAGGACCCCUGGGUCAAGGUGGAGUAUGCCUACAGCGACAACAGCCUGGACCCCGGGCUUCUUAUAGAAAGCUCCCGCAAGGGGAGCGUAGUGUCCAGAGCUAAUAGCAUCGGUUCUACCAGUGCCUCUUCCGUCCCCAACACAGAUGACGAGGACAGUGAUUACCACCAGGAGUCCUACAAGGAGUCCUACAAGGACCGGCGCCGGCGAGCACACACACAAGCUGAGCAGAAGAGGAGGGAUGCUAUCAAGAGAGGUUAUGACGACCUUCAGACCAUCGUCCCCACCUGCCAGCAGCAGGACUUCUCCAUUGGCUCCCAGAAGCUCAGCAAAGCCAUCGUCCUGCAGAAGACUAUUGACUACAUCCAGUUUUUGCACAAGGAGAAGAAAAAGCAGGAGGAGGAGGUGUCCACACUACGAAAGGACGUCAUGGCCCUAAAGAUCAUGAAAGUGAACUACGAACAGAUUGUGAAGGCACACCAGGACAACCCCCACGAGGGGGAAGAUCAGGUUUCUGACCAGGUCAAGUUCAAUGUGUUUCAAGGCAUCAUGGACUCGCUGUUCCAGUCCUUCAAUGCUUCCAUCUCCAUGGCCAGCUUCCAGGAGCUGUCGGCCUGUGUGUUCAGCUGGAUUGAGGAGCACUGUAAGCCUCAGACCCUACGGGAGAUCGUGAUCGGCGUCCUGCACCAGCUGAAGAACCAGCUUUACUGA